AUGAAUUCCAAAAUAAAACUAGCUUUUGAAAAGAUUGUUGGUACAUCUAAUAUCUUAACAAAUGAUUUGAAUCCAUUUAAUACAGAUUGGAUGAACAAAUAUGUUGGAUCAUCACAAAUUGUAUUAACUCCUUAAACAACUGUUCAAGUUUCAUAAAUUCUAAAAUUUUGCAAUGAAAAUUUAAUUAAAGUUGUACCUUAAUCUGGUAAUACAGGAUUAGUUGGAGGAAGUGUGCCAAUUAAUGAUGAAAUAAUUAUUUCAAUGAAAAAAAUGAAUAAAAUUUAAGAAUUUGAUUUAAAUUCUGCCAUUUUAACAUCAGAAUCUGGAGUUAUUUUGGACAAUCUUAAUAAUUAUUUAUUACAAUACAAAUGUUUGAAAUAUGAUAACUAAAUUUAGAUUAAAUGCCUUGGGAUUUAGGAGCAAGAGGAUCUUGUUUAUUGGGAGGCAACAUUUCUACUAAUGCAGGUGGUUUGAAUGUUGUUAAACAUGGAUUGCUAAGAAAUUAUAUUCUAGGAUUAGAAGUUGUAUUGCCAAAUGGAAAGAUUUUAAAUUUAUUAAAUAAAAAUAGAAAAGAUAACACAGGGACUGAUUUAAAAUAACUAUUUAUUGGAUCUGAAGGAACAUUAGGCAUUAUUACAAAGGCGAAUGUUUUGUGUAUACCAAUUCCUAACGAGAAGAAGGUGUUCUUUUUAGAACUCAAAUCCUUUUAGGAUGUGAUUAAGGUGUAAGGCUUAAUUAAAUAGAUUAGGUUUUAUAAAAAGUGAAGAGAAAUGAAUAACUAUUAGCUUUUGAGUUUAUGGAAGGUAGAAUACUGUAUAAGAAUAUGCAUAGACAUAAUGGCAAUUAACUUCCAUUUUAAUUUUAAGAGGAUAGGUAUUAUGUUCUGAUUGAGAUUUCUGGAUAAUCUAUAAAUGUUGAUUAAUUUGGUAUGGAUAUGAUGGAAUUCACAUAAGAAAUCAUUAUGAAUCAAAGUGAAAAGGAAGCUUAAUUUUUAUGGAAAUUGAGAGAAGAAAUAGCUGAAUCAAUGGGUAAAAUGGGUUAUGUAUUGAAAUAUGAUGUAAGCAUUCCUCCAGAUAAAUUUGAAUGGUUAGUCAAUUAAAUCUAUCCUAAAAGAGAAGGUCCAUUUCAUGUAUAUUAUGGACAUGUGGGAGAUGGAAAUGUUCAUAUUAAUAUAGUGUUUGAAUAAUUAGAGGAUUUACAUAAAGAAGAGGAUAAAAUAGAAUAGAAGUUAUUUGGAUUAGUGAAAUCUGAAGGUGGAAGUAUAAGUGCUGAACAUGGGAUAGGAUAACAUAAAAGAAAAUAUAUGGAAUUAUAAAAGGGAAAGGAUGUAUUGGAAUGUUUGAAUGAAAUAAAGAGACUUUUUGAUCCUAAUGGUAUUAUGAAUCCGAAUAAAUUAUUAUGA